UCUUUCUUCACCAACCAAACAUUUAUUGUUCAUAAUUUUCUUACAAUUAAAGAAGAUAUAUCGAUGGAUUAUUCGAUGGGUAAAGAAAGGUACUUGAGAAUUAUGCAUGCAUUGACGCUGUUGCUUCUACUUAGCUCUACAACAUGCAUAGCUUCUAAACUGUCUUCAUCAACAUUCUACGAUCGCACCUGUCCCAAAGCUCUCUCCACCAUCCGAUCUUCCAUCGGCCGAGCUGUUUCGCGUGAGCGUCGCAUGGCAGCUUCUCUCAUCCGCCUUCACUUUCAUGACUGCUUUGUUCAUGGUUGUGAUGCAUCCAUUUUACUGAAUGACUCGGACUCCAUUACAAGUGAGCAAAACGCACUUCAGAAUAAGGACUCUGCGAGAGGUUUUAAUGUCAUAGAAGAUGCUAAGUCUGCAGUGGAGAAGAUUUGCCCAGGAGUUGUUUCCUGUGCGGAUAUACUUGCCGUGGCAGCAAGAGAUGCAACUGUUGCUGUGAGUGGUCCAUCAUGGGAUGUGAAGCUCGGAAGAAGAGACUCUAUCACAGCAAGCAAAUCUCAAGCUGAGAAAGAUCUUCCUCUUUUCACAGCAAGCCUUAAAGAGUUGAUUGAUUUAUUUGAAAGCAAAGAUCUUAGUGCCAGAGACAUGGUUGCUCUAUCAGGUUCGCAUACGAUUGGACAAGCCCAGUGCGGGUUAUUUCGUUCAAGGAUAUACAACAGCAAGAGUGAUAUUGAUGCUAACUUUGCUAGAACUCGCCAACGCCGUUGUCCUGCCACUAGCUCACCUCAAGCUGAUGCCAUGCUGGCAGCACUUGAUUUGGUGACACCCAAUUCCUUUGACAGCAAUUACUUCAAGAACUUGAUUCAGAAGAAAGGCCUUCUUGAGUCAGACCAAGUCCUCUUCAGUGGUGGAUCCACUGAUGCCAUUGUCACUGAGUACAGCAAGAACCCUAAAACUUUUAGGACUGAUUUUGCAUCUGCCAUGAUCAAAAUGGGUGAUAUUCAGCCUCUCACUGGUUCAGCUGGACAAAUAAGGAGGAUUUGCUCUCUUGUCAACUAAAACAAUACACACACAUUUUUAUAUGUAUAUGCUUCAUAAAAUUGUCUAUUAUUUUUCUUUACCCUAAAAUUAUUACAUUCAUUUCAAAUAUAUACUACUUGCCCUUUCCACGGCUACUCAAUUGUAAUAAACAAAUUUUUCAUAAUUUCUUGUAACACAAAUUUGAAAUAAUAAUUAUUUGUGACCA